GCUUUAGGAAACGUGGCCUUACCGAGGUUUCAGCUGCUCCUGUAGAUGAAUGAGGAUCCCGCAGCUCCUUCUUGUCUCCGCCUGCCAGUUCCCUCAGCAGCCUCAGCAGCUCCCCUGUAGAACCUCCAUCCGGAACCGCCAUGACAGAGGCAGAACCCGUCCCCGCGGCCGUCCCGAACGCCACGGACUCCAACGGGACCGAGGUGCUGAACGCCACGGCUAAAUUCGUGGCCACCCCGGAGGGAACGGCGCUGGCCUACGGCAGCCUGGUGGUCAUGGCCCUGCUGCCCAUCUUCUUCGGAGCCCUGCGGUCCGUCACCUGCUCCAAGUCCAAGGAGCUCGGAGACGGUGGGUACGACUCUGGGUUCAGAAACUCUGCCGACGCCCCGGAGACCAUCACCAGCCGGGACGCGGCCCGGUUCCCCAUCAUCGCCAGCUGCACGCUGUUCGGACUCUACCUCUUCUUCAAGGUGUUCUCCCAGGAAUACAUCAACCUGCUGCUGUCCGUCUACUUCUUUGUCCUGGGCGUCCUGGCUCUGGCCCACACCAUGAGUCCUGCCAUGUCCAGAAUCUUCCCAGAGUCGUUCCCCAACAAGCAGUACCAGCUGCUGUUCACUCAGGGUUCUGGAGAGUCCAAAGAAGAAAUAGUGAAUUAUGAGUUUGACACCAAGAACCUGGUGUGUCUGCUCAUCAGCAGCGUGGUCGGGGUUUGGUACCUGCUCAAAAAGCACUGGAUAGCCAAUAACGUGUUUGGCCUGGCGUUCGCCCUGAAUGGGGUGGAGCUGCUGCACCUGAACAACGUCAGUACCGGCUGCAUCCUGCUGGGGGGGCUGUUCAUCUACGACGUCUUCUGGGUGUUCGGGACCAACGUCAUGGUAACGGUGGCCAAGUCGUUCGAGGCACCGAUCAAAUUGGUGUUUCCUCAGGACCUACUGGAGAAAGGACUGGAGGCCAGUAACUUCGCCAUGCUGGGACUGGGAGACAUCGUCAUCCCGGGCAUCUUCAUCGCCCUGCUGCUGCGCUUCGACGUCAGCCUGAAGAAGAACAGCAGGACGUACUUCUACUCCAGCUUCCUGGCCUACAUCUUUGGUCUGGGCCUCACCAUCUUCGUCAUGCACACCUUCAAACACGCACAGCCCGCCCUGCUCUACCUCGUCCCCGCCUGCGUCGGUUUCCCCGUCGUCGUGGCGCUCUGCAAGGGAGAGCUCACCGAGAUGUUCAGGUACGAGGAGUCAUCUGAGGAGGAGGAGCCUAAAGAGGAGUCAUCAGAACCUGAGAAGAAAAAGGACCAAUAGCAUUCGUCGCUACCACCUUCCCACCCGGUUACAUUUCACUGAAACCCCGCCCCUCAAUAAGGGGGCGGGGCUUAUGUUGCCAACGUGUUUGUGUCCGGUCUCCAUGGUAACAGCUACUAUGGUACCGUGAGGGGUGGAGAUUUGUUUCUGCUCGGUGCCUGACUCCUCCUCCUCGUCACGGCUGCAGUCAUUGGAGCACAGAGCUGCUGAGGGGCGGGGCCAGGCGAGUGGGCGGGGCUUCUGUGUCUGGACCAGGAAGCCGUUAAGCCGAAGCUUCCUCAGCGUCUCUGCUUCCCGCUUCUGUCCGCUCACCUUUACCUGCUUCAGUUUCACUUUGUUCCUGUAAAAACAUCCCAGUUUUAAUGUUUCUGAAUGUUUACAGCUUUUCCUCCAAACAUCUGGAUGAAUCCAGGAGUUUCCUGUCAGAGCUGAGCGAUCAAUUCAAACCUUUUAUUUCUGUAUCAUCAGUUCAGCGUUUCCCUGUUAAUGUAAAACAUCUGUGACUCCGUCUGUCUGAGCUCUGAUGUGUUUAUUAGAUUUUAAAGGUCAGUUUUAUCAUUUUUCUUCUUUUUGAACUUUGUUUUUUCAGACAGGAAGAAAAAUGCAGAAAAUCACCAGAUUGUUGAGAUGAGGGAUGAAAAUGAAUUUUAUUUGGAAGGUUAAGGGGUCAAAGUUGCUCCUAGAUCUGAUCCGCAGCUGCAGGAAGCAGCGAACCCGCCGCCUCAUUCUGAAAUCUGAUUGGUUGUCUGGCCGGAGAAGGAGGAGGAGUCAGGUCGGCCGAUCAGGGGAUUUCAGCCUCGUUCUGAUUGGUUCACAGGAGAUAAAGGAGAAUAUUUACUGAUGCAGUUUUCUGUCAUAUCUUAAAAUAUUAGAGGAAAGUUGAAUAAAUGUAAACAUUAAAGGAGAACUUUAGUUUUGUACGACGUAAUGAUGUGUAGAAAUGAGUCCAGACUGCUGGACUGCCCAGAACUACAUUUCCCAUCAUGCCCAGGCUUUGACAUGUAAAUCAGGUGAUGUGGAAAAGUGUAGAAAUGCUUCAUUUGACCCUCUGAGCUGCAGACUCAGCUUCCCGUUAAUAUUUCUGUUGUGAUCGAUGGUCGACGCUUUAUUAUCGACAGUUUUGUAUAUUGAUGUGAAUCCGGUCGGUUCUAAAGUCCCGCUUGUAUCCGGCUCCCUGGAGUUCAGUAGCCUUCAUACAGUUUAACUCUGAGAUGUUUUUUCUUUUUCUUCUUCUUUGUAUCUGUGAGCGCGGUCGCUUCUCGGCCCAAACUGUCUGUUGGAUUUGCAAUAAACCUUCUGGUGGUUUGAUCACCGUCUGGAGAAGCAUAA